ACGAGGAAAACCAAACCUCGACUGUGAUUGGACGAGGAGUCACGUGGCUAUCUUCGUACCCGGAAAGAUGACAAAUGUUUCUUUGCAAGAUUUCAGGACGUACUGGGCGGAAAUGGCAUCCUACUUUGAUGAACACAACUGCGAGCCCACCGACCCCGAGGAGCAGUACCGCCAGAAUGCUCUCCUUGAGAUGGCCAGGUAUUUGAUACAGGGCUUGGACUGGAUCGACGCACGCUAUGCUGGCAUGUCAAGCUGGGACCAGAGACUUCCUCCUCCGGCUGCCAAAACUGCCGUUCAGACCCUCACUGUGAUCGUUAUAACUGCUGAACAAGCAGGCAGAGGUCUCAAGUGUCCUGUGUGUCUGCUGGAGUUUGAGGAGCAGCAAACGGCUCGAGAAAUGCCUUGCAAACACCUUUUCCACUCAGGAUGUAUACUGCCAUGGUUGGACAAGACCAACUCCUGUCCGCUCUGCCGACUUGAAUUACCCACCGAUAAUGCAGACUACGAGCAGUUUAAAAAAGACAAGGAGAGAAGGAAACAGAGCGAGCAUCGGCUGGAGGGCCUGCAUGGAGCCAUGUACACAUGACGCUGCAGUGCUGUUGGGCAAGGUUGUGGCACGUUGACAUUUUAGUUUAAUGAAAGCUUGAGAAGUGCAUAAAGCUGCAUUCGCACACCAUUUCAAACAGAGUGUAGUUUCACGCUCAAGGAUGGGGAAACAGUGUGAAAUAUUUGGCAAAAUAUCAGCAAAUCCUACAUAAAUUGUAAUAAUGAAAAAAUGGACCACAGUAAAAAAAACACAUCGGGUUAUCUGGAAUGACUUUGUCGGGCAAUCGGGAUGACUGUCGAGGAUUAAUGUAAACAGGCUCCUGUUCUCCCCACUCUGUUGACGUGGUGUGAAUGCAGUGGAAGCAACAAGGUCAUUAAACAUUUAAAAUGCUCUUUUUCUCACUAGCUAGGACCAUUAUACUUCCACAUCCUGUUGCCAGCAGAGCGCUCUCAGACACAGCAGCUGCUUUUUCCUUUCCUUUAAAAAAAACAAACAAAAAAACAACUUUGUAGGCUAUAAAUGGACAAAAUCUGUUCGUCUGUAUUUGUUCAACGACCAUGAAGUUAUGAUUUGUAAUUUAUGAUUUUAAGAUCUGUCUGCUGCUGUUCUUACUUCUUCAUAAAAAUAAAAAUUGAAAAAAUGGA